UGUCUUCAGCUAUGCAUUGCGUGUUCAUCAACGUGUGGUACUUAUAUUGUACUUCCCAACAAACUGUGGUGACUCUUCCCCGCCAUGACCUUGUAGUGCCACCCGUCAAUGGCUUUUGCCUACUUGGAAUGAGGCUAUGAGCUGAUUGGCCUACCUUUUGAUACAAAGAAUGGAACUUGUUUUUUUAUUACGUUUUUUAUUUCUCACAGGUAGGGUAAUGGUAGAACAAUUUUUAUGACAAAAUUACGUAGGCGGUGUCUAUGGCAGGGAUGAAAAGCUUUUUUUAUCUGCCUCUUCAUCCCGAGAGAACGUUCGAAUCUGAUCGGACGCUUAGUUCUUUUUUUCAAAUCCGAAACUCGAGUCUUUGAUUCCAGAGGCAAUGAUUUCUUUUUUAAUCAAAUAACUGUCUACCAGUUUGUGAUGCGUAGGUCAAACUUUUGGCGUUAAUUGAUCUCUUCCUUUUUACACCGCCAACUGUUUUGUUGAAAAAUGAAUCCACUAAUAAUCGUUCAGAAAGAGAGGAAAUUAAAAGGGUGAAUACGUCAUUUCUAUGUAUUUCACCGAACGAUUUUUUAAAUAGACAAUGUGUUCUCUUGCCUUUCAACUUCUCAUUAUUUUUUAAGUGAACAAAAAAUGGCCAUGCUUUAUGGUUUGUUUUGAUUUCGAACUCGGUGAAUACAACGGUGCUGUACUUUUAUUACGAACAAUAAAUAUUUCUUCAGGGACAAUAACAAUGAGAAGUUCAAGAAGUUGAUUUGGAAUUUAUAGUUCGAUAGUGAACGUGAAGGAAUUCUUUUUCUCACUGUGGUUUAUUUCGUCCUGUCUGUUGUCAUCAGAGAAAUGUGAAACACUAAAUGAACUUUUUUUUCUGUCAGAAUACCUGUGUGUAACACAAAAGAAACUUCGGAUUUUCAAUCGGAAUACUGAAAUCGUUUUCAAAAUUCACUGAAGUAAAGAUUUUGAAUAAUUUUCAAAUUGUUCCGAUUUAUAACUAUAGAAUUGUUCCAAAUCGUCAAUUGGUUUCCUUUUGGAACACAGUGAAUAUCUAGAAUAUGGAUAAAUUAUUUUUGUCUGGAGCUUUUAAGAGCUUUAUCAAGCCACGGAUUUUUGUUACAGAUGGAACAACUUUCCGCUUGCAUUACAGAGUAACAGCGAUGAUGCUGACAGUUGGUAGCAUGUUAGUAUCAGCCACUCAGUUUUAUGGUGAUCCAAUUCAAUGCAUACAGUCUGAUGACGUUCCGAAAAAGGUUCUAAACACUUACUGCUGGGUGGAAGGAACAUUCACUUUACCAAAAGCUUUGGAUAAGGAAGUUGGAGUUGAUGUCGUUUAUCCCGGAGUUGACAAGAAAAGACCUGGAGACGACGUGAUCCACCAUGCCUAUUAUCAGUGGGUCUGUUUUGUUCUACUCUUCCAAGCCAUUUUAUUCUACUUACCACGACUGGUAUGGAGAUGUUGGGAAGGCGGACGACUUAAGAAUUUGUUGCAACAACUCAACUCUCCUGUGAUGGCUUAUGCCGAAAAGAAAAAAUGCUGUGAUCAACUGGUUAGGUACUUCCGAUUCAAUAUGAAGCACCACUCGGUAUAUUCAUACAAAUAUCUACUGUGUGAAACGAUGAAUUUGGUGAAUGUUGUAGGACAGAUCUAUUUUGUGGAUUACUUCUUGGGAGGUGAAUUCACAACAUACGGUGUGGAUGUGUUACGAUUUGCCACAAGUUCUCAAGACAUGAGAACUGAUCCAAUGAUUCGAGUAUUCCCGAGGCUGACUAAGUGCACAUUUCAUAGGUAUGGACCUUCUGGAGACGUGAUGAAGUACGAUUCGCUUUGUCUUUUACCGUUAAAUAUUGUGAAUGAGAAAAUUUACAUUAUUUUGUGGUUCUGGUUUGUGGCUCUUGCUGUCGCAACAGCCUUCUCGAUUUCUUACAAAGUGAUUCUUCUGUCUUCCAAAACGGCGAGAUAUUUCGCAAUACACUCGCUUACAAGACUCACUCCUAAACAACAGUUAAGGACCAUCGUUGUGAAGACCAACUAUGGUGAUUGGUUUGUGCUUUUUCUUUUAGCAAAGAAUAUGCAAGUUUUAAAUUUCAAAGAUUUUCUAAGUGAUCUUCAUAAAGAUUUUUCGAGUCCAUUCAUGCGCCAUGAUCAUGACGUAUCCAGUACCUAAAUCACAUAUGUUUGGUGUAACAUUAUGCGAUCUGUUAGCGUGUGUACAACAUUGGAAUCCUUUUUGUAUCAUAGAACUACAGUGAAUUUACAAACUUCAUGAACAUUGAACCCUUUUCAUCCCAUUUUUAAUUUAUUUCUGCUAUUUAAUUAUAAAAAUGCUAGUAGUUCGUAACAGAGGUUUACUGGCAUUAUGAACAGGUGGUAAACAUUUGGCUAUGACUAAUAUUCUUAAAACAUUAUUCAGGUACAUUUAUUUACAUUAUUUUUAUAGAUUUAGAUUAAAUAAAUUUUGGAACCUUUAAUUAAAUAAAAAAAAUUAUUUUAUGCAGCUUAUGCUUCUUA